AUGGACGUUGAGAAAGAGACGGGGCCGGCCCCAGCCGCUGUCGGGCCUGAGGCGCCACCAAAGGACGCUCGCUUUUGGCUCAUCUUCGUAGCCAUCAGCUGCGUGACGUUCCUCGUCGCUCUUGACACGUCCAUUAUUUCGACGGCGCUCCCAUCAAUCACGGCCAAGCUCAACUCGGGCGAGCUCUACGUAUGGAUCAUCAACGCGUACCUCCUCGCAUCGACAACAUCUGCGCCGCUAUUUGGCCAGGCUGCCGAUAUCUUUGGCCGCCGAGCUGCUGCCGUGACAUCUCUGAUCCUGUUCGCUGCGGGAAGCGCCAUCUCUGGAGCCGCUACAAGCACGGGCAUGCUGAUUGCCGGACGGACAGUCCAGGGCUUUGGUGGCGGCGGCAUCGCGACUUUGUCUGAAGUCGUCGUCUGUGACCUGGUGUCUCUGCGUGAGCGAGGACAGUAUGCAGGCAUUAUAAGCUCGGUCUGGGCCAUUGCCGCCGUGGUUGGCCCCAUCAUUGGUGGUGCUUUCACACAGCACGUCACCUGGCGCUGGAUCUUCUACCUCAACUUGCCAAUCUCCGGCGUGACGCUUGCCUUGGUGCUGGUGCUUCUCAAAAUGCGAAACCCGCGCCAGGGCACCAUUGCCGAGCGUCUUGCAUGCAUCGACUGGGCUGGAUACGCCAUCCUCACGGCUUCCGUCACUUCAACCCUGCUAGCCCUCACAUGGGGAGGAACCUUGCACGCUUGGUCAUCAUGGCGAACCAUUGUUCCAUUGGUGCUGGGUUUCGUUGGCCUUGUUGGCUUCUUCGGCUACGAAGCAACGUCCUGGGUCAAGGAACCCGUGAUACCUCUGCGUCUCUUUGGAAACCGGACAGCGGCCGCGACACUGGCCAUCAGCUUCGUCCACAGCAUUCUCCUCUUCUGGGUGUGCUACUUCCUGCCGGUAUACUUCCAAGCCGUGCUCAAUGCCACCCCUGCCAGAUCAGCCGUCAUGCUGUUCCCCAUCGCAACGACGACGGCACCUGCCGGCAUCAUUUCGGGCGUGAUGAUUACCAAGACUGGUCGGUACCGACGAUGGCACUACAUUGGCUUUGCGCUCAUGGCCAUUGGUUGCGGCCUCUUCACCCUGCUUGACGAGCACUCCUCGACGGGCCGCUGGGUCGGCUUCCAGAUCAUCUUCGGCUUUGGCUGCGGCUUCGUCUUCACCAGCUGUCUGCCUGCCAUCUUGGCCAGUCUGCCAGAAUCCGAAGUCGCACUCGCCACGGCUACGUGGACGUUUUUGCGCAACCUGGGAUCCAUAUGGGGUGUUGCCAUUCCUUCAGCCAUCUUCAACGCGCACGCUGACAAGGUUGCUCGUACCGUUUCCGAUGCCUCGGUGCGUCAGCUGUUGCUUCGCGGCGGAGCAUAUGAGCACGCCACCCGCACCUUUGUGGCCUCUUUCGUGGGCAAUGCGGCUCUUCACCAGAAGAUUCUUGAUCUGUACGUGUCGAGCUUGAAGAUUGUCUGGCAGGGGUCCAUUGGCUUUGCCGUCUUUGGUGUCGUGCUCGCCGUUGUACUUAAGGCGUACAAGUUACGUGACGAGCUCAACACCGAGUACCGGCUAGAGAGUGGAAGCAAGGAGGCAUCUUCUUCAGAGCCGGCUACUGAGACCACGAGCGUGGAGUUGGAGAAGCCGGCAGAACAAAAGUGA